AUGGGUUAUGAGCUAUGGGUCAGGAGCUAUGGGUCAGGAGCUAUGGGUCAGGAGCUAUGGGUCAGGAGCUAUGGGUCAGGAGCUAUGGGUCAGGAGCUUUGGGUCAUGAGCUAUGGGUCAGGAGCUAUGGGUCAGGAGCUAUGGGUCAGGAGCUAUGGGUUCAUGAGCUAUGGGUCAGGAGCUAUGGGUCAGGAGCUAUGGGUCAGGAGCUAUGGGUCAGGAGCUAUGGGUCAGGGGCUAUGGGUCAGGGGCUAUGGGUCAGGAGCUAUGGGUCAGGAGCUAUGGGUUAUGAGCUAUGGGUCAGGAGCUAUGGGUCAGGAGCUAUGGGUCAAGAGCUAUGGGUCAGGGGCUAUGGGUCAGGAGCUAUGGGUCAGGAGCUAUGGGUCAGGAGCUAUGGGUUAUGAGCUAUGGGUCAGGAGCUAUGGGUCAGGAGCUUUGGGUCAGGAGCUAUUGGUCAGGAGCUUUGGGUCAGGAGCUAUGGGUCAGGAGCUAUGGGUCAGGAGCUAUGGGUCAGGAGCUAUGGGUCAGGAGCUAUGGGUCAGGAGCUAUGGGUCAGGAGCUAUGGGUCAGGAGCUAUGGGUCAGGAGCUUUGGGUCAUGA